GCGGCCGGGGCUUGCGCUACGGGCCGGGGCAGGAGGACGAGCACGUGAGGCAGACUCCGCAGCUGGCGACCGGACCAUCGAGCCGCGGCGCUGCUGCUGGUGCGGCCGCGGGGCUCGGGCGCGCGGCCCGGUGGGGACCGAGGACGGCGGGCGCCCCAGAUGAUGGAUUUGGAUGUACUUCUUUGAAGAAAUGCCACAUGGUCCAAGGAGAAACAUGUCUUGGUUUGCCGCCUUAGGCGACUAGGGCCCGGUGACAGCGCUCCCCGCCCGGGACUCAGGCACCGUGUGACCCAGGAACAAGAAGCACAUCCUCUCCAAUGACAUCAUGACAGCGAGAGAGCACAGCCCUCGCCAUGGCGCCAGGGCCCGUGCGAUGCAGCGGGCUUCCACCAUCGACGUGGCAGCCGACAUGCUGGGCCUCUCUCUGGCAGGAAACAUACAGGAUCCAGAUGAGCCCAUUUUAGAAUUCAGUUUAGCUUGCAGUGAGCUGCAUACGCCUUCGCUAGAUCGAAAACCAAAUAGUUUUGUAGCAGUGAGCGUCACCACCCCUCCUCAGGCCUUCUGGACAAAGCACGCACAGACGGAGAUCAUUGAGGGAACCAACAAUCCUAUAUUCCUGAGCAGCAUUGCCUUCUUUCAAGACUCUCUUAUCAAUCAGAUGACACAGAUCAAGCUCUCCGUGUAUGACGUCAAAGAUAGAUCUCAGGGAACAAUGUAUUUACUGGGCUCUGGAACGUUCAUUGUCAAAGACCUGCUGCAAGACAGGCAUCAUAGGUUGCAUUUAACACUAAGGUCUGCAGAGAGCGACCGUGUGGGUAACAUCACUGUGAUCGGCUGGCAGAUGGAGGAGAAGUCAGACCAGCGGCCUCCCGUGACCCGCUCUCUGGACACUGUCAAUGGGAGGAUGGUUCUGCCUGUGGAUGAGAGCCUGACUGAGGCAUUGGGAAUCCGAUCCAAAUAUGCUUCAUUGCGAAAAGACACUUUACUGAAAUCAGUGUUUGGCGGUGCCGUCUGCCGCAUGUAUCGGUUCCCAACCACCGACGGCAACCACCUGCGGAUCCUGGAGCAGAUGGCAGAGAGCGCGCUCUCCUUGCACGUGCCCCGGCAGUUCGUGAAGCUCUUGCUGGAAGAAGAUGCGGCCAGAGUGUGUGAACUGGAGGAGCUGGGGGAGCUGUCCCCUUGCUGGGAGAGCCUCCGGCGCCAGAUUGUCACCCAGUACCAGACCAUCAUCCUCACAUACCAGGAGAACCUGACCGACCUCCAUCAGUACAAAGGUCCUUCCUUUAAAGCAAGCAGUCUGAAAGCGGAUAAAAAAUUAGAAUUUGUUCCCACAAACUUACACAUACAGAGGAUGAGAGUUCAAGAUGAUGGUGGAUCAGAUCAGAACUAUGACAUCGUCACCAUCGGCGCGCCAGCAGCACACUGCCAAGGUUUUAAAUCAGGAGGUCUCCGCAAGAAGCUGCACAAAUUUGAAGAGACAAAGAAACACAGUUUUGAGGAGUGUUGUACUUCAUCUGGCUGUCAGUCCAUAAUCUACAUACCACAGGACAUUGUCAGAGCCAAGGAGAUCAUCGCCCAGAUCAAUACCCUGAAGACCCAAGUUAGUUACUAUGCAGAGCGGCUCUCCAGGGCGGCCAAGGACAGGUCUGCUACUGGCCUCGAGAGGACACUCGCCAUCUUGGCAGACAAGACCCGGCAGUUGGUUACCGUCUGCGACUGCAAGCUGCUGGCCAACUCCAUCCACGGGCUGAACGCCGCGCGGCCAGACUACAUUGCCUCCAAGGCCUCCCCUACCUCGACUGAGGAGGAGCAGGUGAUGCUGAGGAACGACCAGGACACCCUGAUGGCCAAGUGGACAGGGAGGAACAGCCGAUCUUCCCUGCAGGUGGACUGGCACGAAGAGGAGUGGGAGAAGGUGUGGCUGAACGUGGACAAGAGCCUGGAGUGCAUCAUCCAGCGAGUGGACAAGCUGCUGCAGAAGGAGCGUCUGCACGGCGAGGGCUGUGAGGACCUCUUGCCCUGCACAGGCGGCUCCACCAGCAAGAAAGGUAACCGGAACAGCCAUGCCUACUGGAUCCGACCAGAGGACCCCUUCUGCGAUGCCCCUUCCUCCAUGCCUGCUGCAUGCCAUCCUCACUCAACCACACAUUGCAGCCCCCCUCCUGAAGAGUCCAGCCCAGGUGAAUGGAGUGAGGCCCUCUACCCCCUGCUGACCACCCUCACGGACUGUGUGGCCAUGAUGAGUGACAAGGCCAAGAAGGCGAUGGUCUUCCUCCUCAUGCAAGAUGGCGCCCCCACCAUAGCCGCGUACCUGAGCCUGCAGUACCGCCGCGAUGUGGUCUUCUGCCAGACCCUGACCGCCCUCAUCUGUGGCUUCAUCAUCAAGCUGAGGAACUGCCUGCACGACGACGGCUUCCUGCGGCAGCUCUACACCAUCGGGCUGCUGGCCCAGUUCGAGAGCCUGCUGAGCACCUACGGCGAGGAGCUGGCGAUGCUGGAGGACAUGAGCCUGGGAAUCAUGGACCUGAGAAACGUGACCUUUAAAGUCACACAGGCCACUUCGCACGCCCCCACAGACAUGCUGCCUGUCAUCACGGGAAAUCGCGACGGGUUCAACGUGCGGAUCCCGCUGCCAGGCCCGCUGUUCGACGCGCUGCCCCGGGAGAUCCAGAGCGGCAUGCUGCUGCGCGUGCAGCCCGUGCUCUUCAACGUGGGCAUCAACGAGCAGCAGACGCUGGCCGAGAGGUUUGGGGACACGUCUUUGCAAGAAGUCAUCAACGUGGAGAGUCUGGUGCGAUUGAAUUCCUACUUCGAGCAGUUUAAGGAGGUUUUGCCCGAGGACUGUCUUCCUCGGUCUCGGAGUCAGACCUGCCUGCCGGAGCUGCUGCGGUUCCUGGGGCAGAACGUGCACGCCCGGAAGAACAAGAACGUGGACAUCCUGUGGCAAGCUGCUGAGAUCUGCCGCCGGCUGAACGGAGUCCGGUUCACCAGCUGCAAGAGUGCCAAGGACCGCACGGCCAUGUCGGUGACGCUGGAGCAGUGCCUGAUCCUGCAGCACGAGCACGGCAUGGCCCCGCAGGUCUUCACGCAGGCCCUGGAGUGCAUGCGCAGUGAGGGUUGUCGAAGAGAAAAUACAAUGAAGAAUGUUGGAAGUCGCAAAUAUGCGUUUAAUUCCCUGCAGCUGAAGGCUUUCCCCAAGCAUUACAGGCCUCCCGAAGGGACUUACGGCAAGGUUGAGACUUGAACACCUGCUGUCCUCUAAUUAGCGGCUCCAUAACACACGUGGGGGCCCCUAGUGUCCUACACGCGUUCUUCAAGAAGACCCGAAGGAUUGAGUUUUAUUUUUGUGUUUUUUAAAAACUAGCUCACUGAAGAGUCCACGGAGCAUGUUUGUUUUCCCUUUCCGUUGGCAUCCAUAGGGGGUCACGUCUGGCCUGGUAGCGUGGAUAGAGACCGCCUGUGUCAGUAGCCCUCAGCUGUACCCAUAGGCGCCGUCCCUAGGCGCUGCCGACCCAAGCUAGCUUUGUCUGAGAUGCUACGAGACGUUUUCAGGUGUCCACUUAGGAACCGCUCACCUACCUUAUUUUUCUACCGAGUCACCCGAGAGUGAGCAUCGAGUUCCAAUCUACUUUUUACAGAUCUGAAUGUAAAACAGCAAAGACUCCCGUCAGCGAUCGCUCCCUAGGCAGACCCAGCAGUGGCGACCACUCCCGUUUCGGAGAAGGCAAGCGCGCCUUCUCCAGAUGUCGAGUGCCAUCACUCCAGGACCUCGUGUGGCCUGGCUACUGUCUGAGCGACACCACCCCGGGGUGGGGGGUAGGGGGAUUCGUGACGGUGGAGUUAGCGGGAACCUACGUAUUUUCCGAAUAAGUGUUCUUUUGCAGGGUUUCCAAUAUAUAUUACUCUAAGACACAGUACAAUCAUGUUGGAAUGUCUGAUAAAGGUAUCUUAUUUUUAGGUUUGCAUAAUUGUGACUCCCCUUCUUGUUCUGUUAUGUAAGAUGGCUAUUGAGAACCAGUUAAGGUGAUCUCCUCAAAUGAGAUUGUGAAAGGGAUUUAUGGGUCACUGUGUCUGGACACGGUGUUGAUAUGAGUCAGCUGCACACAGCAGGAGUUUCUGUGUUUGAUCAGUCCUGUGUAUCAUGAUGAUGUUGACAUGUUAUUUAAGAGGCUGUAAAAGAAACAGAUGAGGGCGCAUGUCAAGGCUGAUGACCCGGUGAUGUGUGAAGCUGUUGGAAAUUCGCAUGUCGGAAAGCCCAGAUACUAUGAGCUCCUUUAUACACGUGCAGCACACUUGAGCCUGGGUGCUGAGACGCGGGCAGGUCCGCUCCUGAGCAGGAACACGGAAGGGCUGGGCAUCGGGCAGGGUGGGACCCGGUGCCCUUCCGCAUCCCUUCCUGCUCAGAGCCCGCCUCUCCAGCCGCCCGAUGCCAGCAGGUGAACUGCUGGGGAGCUGGGCGCCUUGUGUGGGGGGCUGGGGCAGAGGCGUUUGCCCUCUGUGCUGCUGCCCAGGCAGCUGCUGCUGGAGCCAGUGUCUCCUUUUCAAUGUGACCGAUUCAGCCACUCCCCUCCCCAGCAUUUCAUUGAAUUUGUUCCUUUUUUUGUGGCAUCUUUUUUCAUUUUACCAUCACUACCAUUUUUUUUAAAGCUCCUCAUUUUUUUAAGUUUUUUUUUAAACUGAGUUUGUUCCCCAUGUUGUUUUCCAAACCUUUUUGUCUCAAUUGCAUUAAAUAUUUGCAUCUGUCAAGGGGAACAGGACGAACGGCGAGGCGCCCCCCAGCCGUGCACGCGGCACCUCCGUGCGGGUUAUUUGCCCCAUGGUGACUUCCUGUUACGGGUCCCUGUAGAACUCUAAGGUUUGGCUCGUCACGGAGGAAACAUGCGGCUUUCAGCGUUCUCUCUGGAGGCACCUGCUGGGGCAAGGGGCACAGCCUGGGGAGCUGGGGGUUUGCAGCUGUGGGAGGGCUGUGGUUUUCCAAAACCGAGUUUGCAUCCAGUGCUCCUGGCCAGGCCCUGCCCCCAGCCCCGAGUAAGGACACGUGGGCGGCGGGGGUGCUGGCCGAGUCCCUUUUGUGUCCUGUACAGAUGUAAACAUACUGUAUCAUACGACCGCGUCCCUACGCAGUUCUAUCUGCCAUGCCUAGUGCAUAUCAAUACUUUUAUUUAUUUGUUUGGGGCAGUAUUAAUAUAUAUAUAAACAUAUAGUUACUGUUUUCUAUAUUCUUAGCUCAUUCAAAGCCAUGUAUGCUGUAAAUGUGCUAGUCCCUAGAAUGACAAAUAAUAAAUAACUGACAACACUGAA